GCUGCCAUUCAGCAGAACUACCGUCAGCUCAUUGUUAUGCAGGCCGAGUGAGGCAGAGGCGGACUGGGAGGCGGACUGGCGCUCAGGGCCGGGGAGCUUGCUCGUCUGUCGGGAGGAGGGGAGGCAGAGCCCGGCUCUCUGGACGGAUCUGUAGCGGGCGUGAAGGCAUGUUGCUAAUCGGCUCAGUAAUGAGGAGCGGUACUGGACGGCACAGAAUAUCUGACCCCGAUCGCUGUUUGUGAGGGGGAGAGGGGGAGAGAGAGAAAGUGAGCAGCAUGAGAAAAAGAGGUGGAGGCAGAUUUGGAGCCCGCAACAACCCCCACCACCUCGGAGAGAGGGAGAGUAGCCCCACACAAGAAAAGAGGGGCUUCAUUAACCAACAGGAAGCGUUUAUGGUGCCCGACAAUGUGCCAGAUGAGAGGUGAUUCCAGCUCUUUGUGAAUUAGAUCAUCCAGAACGUUACACAGGAGAAAAGCCAUAAUUGCUUGGGGGGGAAAGCGUGAUUGAGGAACAAUGUCUCGAACUGAAGAAGUCAACAAGAUGACCGAAAAUGUGUACAAGGGGAUUCUGGACCAGUUUAACCCCAGCUUGAAGAACUUUGUGACAAUGGGGAAGCACUACGAGAAAGCCCUGACAGGAGUGACGGUGGCUGCUAAAGGCUACUUCGAUGCUCUGGUCAAACUUGGAGAGCUGGCCAGUGACAGCCAAGGCUCCAAGGAGCUGGGAGACACGCUGUUUCAGAUGGCCGAGGUCCACAGGCAGAUCCAGGUGCAGCUGGAAGAUGUGCUGAAGUUGUUUCACUCUGAGCUGCUUGCACAGUUAGAACAGAAGCUGGAGCUGGACAUCAAAUAUCUCACGGCAACGCUUAAGAAAUAUCAGAGUGAGCGAAGAUCCAAAACGGAGUCGAUCGAACGCUGCCAGUCUCAGCUGAAGAAGCUCCGGAGGAAGAGUCAGGGCAGUCGUCAUCCAAACAAGUACGGAGACCGGGAGAUGCAGUUUGUGGAGUUAAUGAGUCGUCGCCAGGGCGAGCUGGACGCUCUGGUUGCUACGGGUUUCAGGUCAGCACUCACUGAGGAGAGAAGACGCUACUGUUUCCUGGUGGACAGACAGUGCUGUGUCACCAAGCUGCUCAUCAACUACCACUCCAAGGUGAGGGAGCUUCUGUCUCAGAAACUGUCGUCGUGGCAGCAGUCGUGUUCUCAGCCCACCAAACUCCCGGAGCGAGCUCUCAAUCUGAUGCGCCACACGGCGCCUCAAAGUUCAGGGGCCACCGGGGUUGCCGAGGUCCUGCGUAACGCCAAGAUUGGUGCUGCUCAGCCAGAACAGAGGCUGUCUGUCCAGGAAGUCCAACCUCUCUUAAAUGGAGACUCCAGUCGCUCGCAGCAGCAGCAGUGCUCACUGCCCUCCUCCUCCUCCUCCCAGAGUGACACUGGACCCCCGCAGGGCUCCCCUGUGACUAGCUCAUCAUCCUCUGCAGGUGGAGCUGCUGGGGGAUCCUCUCAAGGUGCUUCUCCUCAGCACACCACUUCUGCUGUGGACGCAGACACCAGCAGCAGCGUCAGUCCCACCACAUCCAGCGGUUCUGCCCAGCAAAGCUCCUCCCACUUGGUCACCAACACCUCUAAUCUCUCGCCCUGCCUCAUCCCCUCCACUGUGAUGUCUCUCAGUCAGGUGUCCCCCACAAGCAGUAUGACCCUGGCCAUCCCCCACAGUGCCCCUCACAGUCCCCCACUCCCUCACAGCGCCCCACUUUCCAGAGCUCUGACUCCUGUGCAGCUGCUCCACCAGCAGAUGGGGCUGGAAGGAUCCAGCGCUUCAUCUCAUCCCUGGCUGCUGAAGUCUGCAGAGAUGUGUGCCACUGCUACGCUGCCACUGCCCAGGAGGCCGGUCAGUGAGAUGAGGCUGGGCUUCCAGGGUUCGAGUCUUCCCAGGAUAAUGGGUUUGUCCGGACCUUCUCGUGUGGAGGCCAUGUUUGCUCACUCACCUGGAGCGUCCGAGGGCAGAGCAGCAACAGGAGGAGGAGCUUGCUUAUUAUCCUUCCUGCCUGGUGACAUCAUUACCCUGCUCAUUUCUGAGCCCAGAGACGGCUGGCACUAUGGUCAAAAUGAUCGAACUGGAAGGAAAGGCUGGUUCCCCUUCUCUUACACUCAACCACAGCAUAAGACGGAGAACAUGGACAGCCCUCCGCUGCUGUCAAAAGCCAACAGCACCAGUAUGAGCAAGCUGGACAAACUGGUGUCGACUGUUCCCGAGCUGACACCAGAGUCUGAAGAGGAGCACAUGCUCCCCCCACAGAGGGUCAGCACCUUCCGGCCCCGCCCAUACAGCAUGGCCGACACCAACAAGAUCUCUGCAGAACUGGUUUCCGCUCCUCCCUCGCCGACAAGACCGAACCCAUUCGCUCACAUUCGCCUCAGAAGAACUGUCACCAAUGACCGCUCUGCUCCCAUCAUUGAGUGAGCGACCCUCCGUGCUGUCCGCUGCACCUCAGGUCCUCUCGUGAAAGCAACGCACAAUGUCGUCCGAACUGAAAAAUCCCUGAUGGCUUGUAUAAUGAGAGGAUCAAAGUUUAAUAUCAAUGAUCAUUAUGUUUGUUUAAGGCGGAAGCUUUGUUGUUAGGAGUGAAUUGUUGGCUCAAACUAAAUCAGUUUGUUAAAGAGAUUAAUUAGCUUUUAAUUCUGGCUGCAAUAUAACAGGACUAACAAGUGUGGCCUUUGUUUGGUGCAAUGUCUCUUCUUAAAUGCCAUUUCAGUGCUGUAGCUAAAAUUAGAUCACAACUUUGUCAAUUCUCUCCUAACAGAAACACAGUUGUCUCAGAUGAUGGGUUGUUGUUUCUGCGCUGUUUGUGUUGUUAUAGAAAAGCUUUUUGUGCUUCAAGGUUCUAUGUCAAAGUGUAGUGAUUUGUUUUGGUCAAGUGACACGCUUUUGUGCUUGUGUUCUACUGUGAAUUAAUGAAUCUUAUUAACUGCUGCUGCAAUAUUUAAGUUUGGAAAAGGAGUUUGAUGUACAGGAGAACAGAACUUUCACAGCUUCAUAUCUUCAGCCUUUCCCAGGAAAGUCCUGGUCUGCAGGCCACAUCCAGUUUUAGGAAACUACCCUUCCCACUCCCACAAUAUGCAAUGCAAUGGUUUUCAGUUGAAGCUCGUAUUACAAGCCUAAAAAGACCUAAAGUAACAUAUUGACUCACCUACACUCAAAAAGUUGAAGGUAAAGAUGAGAGGUUGACGGCUCAGCAAGAAUGGCGAGAGUGACUGUGUGUUUGGCAUCGUCUAUAAAGUUUGAUACUGUGGCUUUUGAAGAGCUUUAUCACAAAUUUGGCUUGAGGUGAGUCAUGUAAAAACUAGUUAAAUUUAGGAUCCCUUGAUGGAAAGGAAAACUAAAAAAUUUACAAAUUUCUCGUAGCUUUAAACCUCAUUAAAUAAAUAAAAAAUGAACACUGACUAAUGGAAAAUAGCUUGAGUGAAGAGAACUAUAGCAUUCAUUAGCGACACCUUAAGUGCACCGUAGCCUUAAAACUUAGCUGUAUGAAGGUGUCAUGCUUUUUGGUCGACCCCUGAGCUACACAAAAACCAAUCCCAUGUGUUUCUGUGAUUGCCAUAUGAAGGAAGGAUUGUUGAUUGAGCAGAGGGUUUAUUGCAAGUUUCGGAGGUUAAAAAAAAAGAAUGUUUCACUGUUUGAUGUUCAGGCUUUGUUUUGAAAUUCAGUUAACCCCAAAUUGUAAGACCAUUGUAGAUUAUCCCAGCUGUGCUAGAUUGACUGGGGCAUGGAAGAUGGUGUGAACGAUGACGUGAGUUGAGUUUAUUUAGAAAGAGAUGAUGAAAGUGGAGGACGGAGAAUGAAGAAGGUUGAGCAGAGUUUUGGUCAGUUGUGUUUUCAGAAAUCUAAUGUUUGAUUUUGCCUAUUUGUUGCCACCCUGCUGGAAAAAAGACCUUUCUAACAUGGUAUCUGUGAGCAGAGGUUAAUAAACCUGCCAGAACUA